GAAUCAGGAUCGAACAGCAGUAAUGAAUGGAAACACGUCGCGGCCAAGAAAGUGGAACAGUAACAGUCGGUCGGAAUUUUCAAGUUGGCUGCUGUAAGUAAUGGAGUGGCCAGGAAGGACAGAAACGAGUCUUCUAAACUGAAAAGUGUUUUCUUAUUACUUUAGAAAAAGUUAGGGGAGAUGAAAGCUGAAUAAAUUAGCAAACGAGAGUAAAUGGCAUUUUGUGAGAGAGCAGGACCCUGUCAGAUUCACGUCGGCUCGGAGAAGUGGAUUAUUUGGAUUCGUAUAUUUUUGAAAUUGGAUUAUUUUGGAGUUUUUUGAUUGCAAGACACAAUGGGUAAUAUUGAAAGUGUGGACGGUCAGUCGGAGACCAAACAUCACAUCAUGCCUCUGAAGGUGCCCAUGCCCGACCCCAUGGAGCUGGAGGAAAAGUUCUCCAUCGUUCUCAAUUCUAUGAACCUUCCUCCAGACAAAGCCCGGCUGCUCAGACAGUAUGACAAUGAGAAGAAGUGGGACCUGAUCUGUGACCAGGAGAGGUUCCAAGUUAAGAAUCCGCCUCACACAUACAUCCAGAAGCUACGAAGUUACUUAGACCCUGGAGUCACACGAAAGAAGUUCCGCAGGCGGGUCCAGGAAUCUACUAAAGUCUUGCGGGAGCUGGAAAUAUCAUUAAGGACAAAUCACAUUGGGUGGGUCAGGGAGUUCCUCAAUGAUGAAAACCGAGGUCUUGAUGUCCUGGUGGAGUACCUCUCCUUUGCCCAGUGUGCUGUCAUGUUGGAUUUUGAGGGACUGGACAAUGGGGAGGAAAGCUUCUUGGAGAAGGCUAAAUCUUGGAGCAGGUCUAUAGAAGAUCUGCACCACAUGGGCACCCAACCCUUCUGCAACACCCUGGUGCGCUCUGCUCGCCAGUCUGUCUUCCGCUACGGUUCAGUUACGAACAGCAAAACCAUUAAGAACUCCCGUCUUGUGAGACAGAAAGAUGACGUGCAUGUGUGCAUCAUGUGCUUAAGAGCAAUCAUGAAUUAUCAGUAUGGCUUUAACAUGGUCAUGUCUCAUCCACACGCAGUCAAUGAGAUCGCUCUCAGCUUGAACAACAAGAACUCGAGGACAAAAGCAUUGGUCCUUGAGCUGCUGGCCGCUGUCUGUCUGGUCCGUGGAGGCCAUGAGAUCAUUCUAGCAGCAUUUACCAACUUCAAAGAGGUGUGUAAGGAAAAACACCGCUUCGAGAGACUGAUGGAAUACUUCUGUAGCGAGGAAGGAAACAUUGACUUUAUGGUUGCAUGCAUGCAGUUCAUCAACAUCGUGGUCCACUCUGUUGAGGACAUGAACUUCAGAGUUCAUCUUCAGUAUGAGUUCACCAAAUUGGAGCUGGAUGAUUACUUGGAGAAAUGUAAACACACGGAGAGUGACAAGCUGUCGGUGCAGAUUCAGGCCUACCUGGACAACGUGUUUGAUGUUGGUGGUCUACUGGAAGAUGCAGAGACCAAGAAUGCGGCCCUGGAAAAGGUGGAGGAGCUUGAGGAGCACCUGUCCCAUGUGACGGAGAGGCUGGUGGAGGUUGAGAAUGAAACGAUGAUGAAAGUGGCUGAUCUGGAAAAGCUGCUCCUUCAAAAGGAUAAAGACCUGCAAGCAAUCCGGGAGACAUACGAGUCAACAAACACCCAGGUCAACACCUUGAGGAAGAUGAUCAAGGAGAAGGAUGCCGCCUUUCAGAGGCACUUUAACAUAGAGAGGCGCCUACUGGAGCUUGAGCAGCAAGGCACCAUCCGUUUGCACAAGAAGCCUGAUGGAGACCUCACCAUUGAACCGCUCAGCGUGGGAGGGGGUUGUAUUGGAAUCCCACUUGGAGACAUUGGCCAGCUGGCUGCAGGUCUACCGCCAGAGCUGACAGGCGUAGAUAUGCGUUUGCCACCUGCCAGUGAGGCUCCUCCACCACCUCCUCCGCCACCUCCCCCGCCACCGCCUCUACCGCCGCCUGCUCCUUUAUUUUCAGGUCUGAGCGCACCAGUUCCUCCACCACCUCCACCUCUUGCUCCACCUCUGCCAGAGUCCAGUCCCUCAGUUAUCCUAAGCAUGGGCUUGUCGGCUAUCAGAAUCAAAAAGCCAAUCAAGACAAAAUUUCGUUUGCCCGUGUUUAACUGGACGGCCUUGAAGCCCAAUCAGAUCAAUGGCACUGUCUUCAAUGAAAUUGAUGACGAACGUGUACUAGAGGAGCUGGAUCUGGAGAAGUUUGAAGAGCUGUUUAAGACCAGAGCCCAGGGUCCCCUUGUGGAUCUUUCAUGCACUAAGAGCAAGGUAGCCCAGAAAGCAGCAAACAAAGUCACCCUUCUGGAUGCCAACCGUUCUAAGAACCUGGCCAUCACAUUGCGGAAGGCUAACAAGUCAACAGAAGAGAUCUGCAGAGCAAUAGAGAAAUUUGACCUGAAGGCUUUACCUGUUGACUUUGUGGAAUGUCUGAUACGCUUCCUGCCCACCGAGGCGGAGAUCAAAGUGCUUCGUCAGUAUGAGCGUGAGCGCCGACCACUGGAUCAGCUGGCAGAGGAAGAUCGCUUCAUGCUCCUUUUCAGCAAAAUUGAGAGACUUACUCAGAGAAUGAACAUCAUUACAUUUGUAGGGAACUUCACGGAGAAUGUCAGCAUGCUCACGCCACAACUCAACGCGAUCAUUGCCGCUUCUGGCUCAGUAAAAUCAUCACCGAAGCUGAAGAAAAUGCUUGAGAUCAUCUUAGCCUUGGGAAACUACAUGAACAGCAGCAAGAGAGGGUGUGUUUAUGGUUUCAAAUUACAAAGUCUUGAUCUGCUCCUGGACACCAAGUCUACAGACAGGAAAAUGACGCUGCUCCAUUACAUCGCACACAUUGUUAAAGAGAAAUACUCAGAACUGGCUAACUUCUACAAUGAACUGCAUUUUGUGGAUAAAGCUGCAGCAGUAUCUCUGGAAAAUGUGCUGCUGGAUGUUCGAGAGCUUGGGAAGGGCAUGGACUUGAUCAGGAGAGAGUGUAGUCUUCACGACCAUUCAGUCCUCAAGGGCUUCGUGCAGGCUAGUGAUGCACAGAUGGACAAGCUGCAGAAAGAUGCCAAGACAGCAGAGGAAGCUUUCAACAAUGUGGUGAACUAUUUUGGAGAGAGUGCCAAGACGACUCCACCCUCUGUGUUUUUCCCUGUGUUUGUACGCUUCAUCAAAGCCUACAAGGAUGCGGUGGAGGAAAAUGAACAGAGAAAAAAACAGGAGGAGGCAAUGAGAGAAAAGUUACUGGCUCAAAAGGCUAAACAGCAUGACCCCAAGGUCCAGGCCCAAAAGAAGAGGCAGCAGCAGCAAGAGCUGAUCGCUGAGCUGCGGAGGAAACAAGCCAAAGACCACCGGCCGGUGUACGAGGGCAAGGAUGGCACUAUCGAGGACAUCAUCACAGUACUGAAGAGCGUGCCGUUCACAGCCCGCACUGCUAAACGCGGCUCACGGUUCUUCUGUGAAGCCAACCUCUGUGAUGACGCCAACUGCUAGCCCUUCCCCCCUUAAAUGCCAAGGUUGUCCAGAUCUUCGAAACCAGCCUUUCCUGCGAGCUGACGCGUUGAUCCGCUGCGGCUGGAAGAGACCCUAAACCACUUAUUCAUCACUUAUACUCCCCUUCCCCACCAUAACCCUCUUCCCCCGCAUCCCCGAUGGUCAACCAUGAGGCUGCAGAUCACAGACUGAAAGGGAACAGAGGACAAUGGGCCUUAUAGCUGGGUAAUUUAUUUAUUUAUGGAGGCCCCCUUACAAUCACUUUAAGGGAACAGGCACCACGACAGAAGCACAUGGGGUUCCUCCUUCCUCCUCCGAACACAGCCUGAGGAACUGCACCACUCAGAGGAUGGCUACAGACAGCGAGACAGAGAGGAGGACUGGUGGACCACGAGCAGGAAGGUCCAACACGCGCCUGCCAACAUGUGGAUCUUAUUCUCAUUGCCAUUGCUUUUCUUGGAUUAUGUAAUCCCAGCAGGAUUUAGACUGAGAGGCAGCCAGAAAAGAUGCAGCCUCUGCUUGCCGGGAUGUUUGCCUUGAAAUGUCAGAAAAAAAAAAAAAAAAUUGUACUAAUGAGACUGUUGUGGAUGGUUUUCUUGUAUGAGGCCAAGUCUUUACAUGUUAAAUCAAGAUACCUACAAUUUUACAUUUUAUUUCAAUUGUGCAUAUCUUGGAGGAAAAUCCCAUGAGGCUUCACGUCCUUCGCACAAGCUAGUCAAACCAAACUGUCCCAAGUUUUACUUAAGUGCCUUUUGUGUAAACAGUGUUAUUUCUUGUGAAUCAGCCAUAAUUUGAUUUACAAGUUUCCUUGUUAAAAAAAAAAAAUUAUGCAAAUGUCAUAAUUCCUACUACGACAGGGUAAGGGGACAAAAGGAAAAAAAAAAAGAACUUUUGAAAAUGUCUUUUUAUGUGAUGUUGAAUGUCUUAAAGGGGUCGUAUUGUUUUAUUUGCCUUUUACACUUUCAUAUGGAUGGUUUUAUUGUGAAAAUGUCACAAUUUUAUAUUUGUGCAUGCUGCUCCAAGCAAAACAGAGUACUGACCCGACAUGUUUGACACAUCUGUGACCACCCGCCUAAGUGCUCUGUGAGCUGUGCCCACUGAGACACUCUAUGCUGCCAUGUGGGAGACACUGAAAUCUUCAUAAAUUCUCUGGUAAAGGGCUUGUUUAUAUACUACGAAAUGAGGACAAGUGAAGCCACAGCAUAAUCAUCUUGUUACCACCACAGAUAGUAA